ACAGAAAAUAGUAAGUUUUCAACAACAACAACAACAACAAGUUUCUCUAGGAUACUACAAAGAAGGAGUAUUAGACUUUACACACAGAUAUCUUUGCAAAGAUGUCACUCUAUGAUGAUUUAGAUGUGGGAAAAGAGGAAAAGGCUGAUGUGGCUGCCGGCUGGUCAUCAAGCUACAAGCUAAUGAAGUCACAGCUGCAGGCAAAGAAAGCUUCCUUGAUUCAAACAAAGAGCUCCAGGAAGAGCCAUCUGGCUCCUGUUGCAGACUUCAAGAAAGGAUUGGACCAGUCUGAAGGCUCACUCAAGUUUAACAUGCUCACAGGAAAGCUGGAGAAUGUGCCAGUCCAAGAGUACAGGAGGGAACGGGAGAGAGACAUGAUGCCGUCACUCGGUGGGUCUCCAUUCAUCGCAUCAGACCCAAUGCCGUCACUGACAGGGGUGAAGGACGAGUACAACCCGCUGCGGCCCAACGACUACGAGGAGAUGAUGAAGAAGAGGAAGGAGCAGAAGUCGAAGGAGAGAGAGGAGGAUGAACGAAGGAGGGAUAGGGAGCCGCCGACGCCACGUGAUGAUAGGCGUCGGCGGGAGCCCAAGACAGAGAGGGACAGUAUGGGGGAGAUGGAGAGAGGGGCCCGCAGACAGAGAGAGGAGGACGAGGAGGAGGAAUAUGAACGACCUGUCAGGAGAAAGCCAGAACAGAUGGGUGCAGCGAUAGCUCCACCAAUGUCAUUGCUAGAGGAACCACCCAUCAAGAAGGAAGAUGAUGGCUCAUUGGCAGGGAUUACUAGUGCGGGAGGGUUGUCUGUAGCAGCCAAGAUCAUGUCAAAGUAUGGCUACAAGGAGGGUCAGGGACUUGGAAAGUCCGAGCAGGGCAUGAGCACGGCACUGUUUGUAGAGAAAACAAGCAAACGCGGAGGCAAGAUUAUACAUGAGAGGGACCUGCCUAAAGAUACUCCAAGAGAGGCUGUUACAAAUGCGAACUUGUUGAGAAAUCCCACGAAAGUCAUCUUGUUACGGAACAUGGUGGGCCCAGGCGAGGUGGACGGAGAUCUGGAGGGGGAAACCUUCGAAGAAUGUGGCAAAUAUGGAAAAGUUAUCAAAUGUCUCAUCUUUGAGAUGCCUGAUUCACCUGAUGACGAAUGUGUUAGGAUUUUUGUUGAAUUCGACAGAAUUGACUCAGCAAUUAAAGCCAUUAUAGAUCUAAAUGGACGCUAUUUUGGUGGUCGAGUGGUGAAGGCGUGCUUUUAUAACCUAGACAAGUUCCGGCGAUUAGACCUGGCGACAGACGUAGACAUGUUGACAUAGUGAAUCCUGGAUAGCAAUGUUUUAGGAAACAAAUCAAUGAAAAGAUAUGAACACAGAUAUGAACCUCACACAGGGAAAAGGGGGCUUAAUGCAUGUGAAUGUCAUCCCAGAUUAGCCUGUGCAGUCCGCACUGGGUCAUUAGAGACCACGCUUUCCAUUUUAAUGCAAUGUUUCGUCUCUUCUGCACUAAAAUCAGGUAAGGGCAGAAAGUGUUGUCCCUGAUUAGUCUGUGUGGACUGCACAGGCUAAUCUGGCUUAUCUGGGAGGACACUUUAGGCACAUGCGUUAAGCCCUGUUUACCCAGAGUGCGGCUCGUAUAUUUUAUUAUGGUAGUUUGUUGCCGUGACACAAAUCUUUUAAGAGAUUAAUAAUAACUUUAUUGCUAUUACAACAUCUUGUCUCAUUUUGGUUCAAAAAAGGAAUUGCAUAGCACCCAAAUGUUUUCUAAAGAAAGUGCUUUGAAAUGGUUAAUUUUAUCUUAAAUUUACCAAUUACAUGCAACAUCGUGGGUGUAUGUGUCACCAAUGUGAAAAGCUCCAAUUUUGUGCAGAAAUAUGGUCAGUUGUUAAUUAUGCAUAUCAUGUAACUUAUAGCGCACAAUGUAAUCUCUAACAUGUCUAAGAGAUUUCAACAACCAUUUCACAGAACGUCUGUUAGCAUUGUGGCAAUUUUAACCCAUUUAUGCAGAGUGGACUCUCCCAUCCUUCUAAAUUGGAUCAAUUCAUUUCCAAAAUUAGAGAUGCCUGGUAUAUUUAUUUCUAUUUUUAGAAUAUUUCUUAAAGAAAUUCCUUUAAGCAAACAGCGCAGACCCUGAUGAGAUGCCGCAUCAUGCGGCGUCUCAUCUGGUUCUACGCUAUUUGCCAAGGCCUUUUUUCUAAACGCUAGGCAUAAAUGGCACAGCCACGAGUGAAAAUAUAUAUUUUAUAUGAUCACGAGUGAAUUAAAAUCGAUAAUCCACCAAACCCAACAAAUUUUCUUUUUAUUUUAUGCUUUAUUUCACAGUUUAUAUACAUUGUUAAAGAGUUUAACUAAAGAAUUUUGUUGGGAAAAUGACGUCAUUUCGUCAAAAAAAAUACCAUCAUUUAACAUAAACAGUGAAACUUAACGAUAAUUUUCACUGAUAAUUUUCAUUGUUUGAAACAGUGAAAUUAUCAUUUUUAAUUCACUGAUAUUUCUCUAUAAACCACCGGAAAGCAUAAAAUAAAUAUACCUACAAUACAAUUGUUUAGCAAAGAAAAAUGUUGACAUUUUAAAUAAUCAUGCAUUAUGUAUGUUUGUUAUUGUAUAUAUUUUGACAAUGUUUAGAUUGUCAUUGGUCAAAGGUCAUGAAAUAAAAUUAUAAAGAAUGUUAUUAAUAUGUUGUUUUGUUAAAUACUUUUAAUAUUUUAAUCGCUUUUGUAUUCAAAACGUGUUACAAUAUAUUGAAACCAGAUAUAGAUACAAUAUACAUGUAUAAUCUAUACAGGAUAUCAUCGAUUGUACAACUAAUAACUAUAUCUCAACCAAAUAGUGCUUUGAACCUUUGAACAUUGACACUAACAUGAAAAUGAUAAAAACAGUACAUUUCGUGUUCAUAAAACUUUUCAAUUAUACAGUUCUGUUUGUAUAAAUAUUGAGUUAGACUUUGAGUGAAAACAAAAUUGAAAAAAGAAAUAUCUACUGGCUAUGUGCAUUUAUUAGUUUAUUAUUUAUCUGCAAGUGCAUAGAAAGUUCUUCAAGAUUAAACGACCUAGUGUGCAGUGUAUUUUAAAACAAUUAUAAAAAAACUUCAUGAAGUGCGUAAAAUAAUAAAUAUGACAGUUAUGGAUGGCUGAAUUACAGUUUACUUAUGAAAGUUUGUUCUGUGAAAAGUGGGUUUCAUGCACAUGCAGUCUGCAAAGGCUAAUUUGAGACAAAGACAACUCUUUAGGCAUUAUGUACACUGGAUUUUUGUUCAGAAAACACCUUUUACUGAAAUUCCGGAAAAGACAAAAAUGUCGUCCCUGAUAGGCCUGUGCUGACAUGCAUGAUUUAAGCCCUGUUUUCCCAGAAUGAUGCUCCAUUACUGAAUGCAUAACUCUUGUGUGGUUGUUUUAGACACUAAAACAUGCUUAACAAAGGGCAACUAUAAUACUACAACUACAAGUACCAAGUAUGAUUUCAAAAUCUGUGUCUAAAUGUAAUAAAGGAUCAUCUU